UUUUUUUUUGAUAAAUACUUAUUGGUACAUAAAUAUUUUUCAGACUAUUUUAUUAAAUAAGUUAUUAUGUAGUUAAGUUGGCACUUUUGUAAAAGUUAUCAAGUUAUCUUUAUACGAGAGUAUAAAGAUGGAAAAAGAAAAAAGCUCAAAGGAUUCCUCACCGGUUAAAACAAAAGUUCUUAAAGAGAAUACUGCAAUUUCAGAAAAGAAAGGAGGUACUAGGGUUUUCAAGAAAUCUACUCCCAAUGGAAAGAUUACAGUAUACAUUGGAAAGCGUGAUUUUUAUGAUCACAUUGAGCAUUGUGAACCAGUUGAUGGCGUUGUACUUGUUGAUCCAGAACAUGUUAAAGAUAAAACAGUCUUUUGUCAUGUGCUGGCUGCAUUUCGGUAUGGACGAGAAGAUUUAGAUGUUCUUGGUUUAACUUUUAGGAAAGAUCUUUUUCUUGCAAAGAAGCAAGUUUAUCCACCUGAGCCAGUUGAAAAUAAACCUGAGGAGCUUACAAGAUUGCAAGAGAGAUUAAUAAAAAAGUUGGGAAAAAAUGCUUUUCCGUUUAAAUUUCAGUUACCUAGUUCUGCACCAUCAUCUGUGACAUUGCAACCUGCACCAGGUGAUACUGGAAAACCUUGUGGAGUUGAUUAUGAGCUAAGAGUUUAUAUGUCAGAGACCGCAGAUGAAAAAGAAUAUAAAAGAAAUUCAGUGCGGUUGGCUAUUAGAAAAAUAACAUAUGCACCGCCAGUUAUAGCAGCUCAGCCUACAGUGGAACAGCAUAAGGAAUUUAUGAUGUGUCCACAUCCUCUUAUACUUGAAGCAAGUUUAGACAAAGGGAUGUAUUACCAUGGUGAAUCAAUUGCUGUGAAUGUACAUAUAUCAAACCGUUCAAAUAAAACUGUAAAAAAAAUUAAAAUAACUGUACGACAAUAUGCCGAUAUUUGUUUAUUUUCUACUGCACAAUACAAAUGUCCUGUGGCUUCAAUAGAAUCUGAAGAAGGAUUUCCUGUUGGGCAAAGCGGUACACUUUCAAAGAUCAUUUACAUUACGCCUCUUCUAGCAAAUAACAAGGAUAAGCGUGGUUUGGCAUUGGAUGGCCAACUUAAACAUGAAGAUACUAAUCUAGCUUCUUCUACAAUAAUGGAUCAAAAUACUCCAAAAGAAAAUCUUGGAAUAAUAGUACAUUACAAAGUAAAGAUUCGUUUGCAUGUUGCAUAUGGAGGAGACUUGUCUGUCGAGCUACCCUUUGUUUUAACUCAUCCAAAGCCUCCUGAAACCUCGCCCAGUACAACGCCUGUGUUGGCUCGCAAAGAAACCACCGUUCCGGGGGAAGAGGAAAAUCCGAAAAUCGAAAAUGAUCUCAUUAAUUUUGAUACAGACGGAUCAGUCAAACAUCCUGAUGAUGAGCUGGUUUUUGAAGAGUUUGCUCGUAUGCGCGUGCGUGGAGAACAUUAUGGUGAUUCAAAUGCCUAAAUUUUAUUUAGUGACUUCCAUAAAAUGAAUUUUAUAUGUUGCAUGAUUUAAAAACACCUUUCAGUUGCUCCAAUUGUAAAACAAACCGGUAGCUUUUGAUUUCAAUGUAAUUUAGCUUUUAGUAACAUAUUUUAUUUUGAUA